CGAAAUUUAGAAAACACGAAGAAGUACGAGUUGUUGCACGUAAUGGAGAAAGAUGGUUAGGAAUUUGACAAGACGGUAUGCCAGGCCAAACAGAUGGUGGAAAUUUAGGACGAUAUUUUCCUCUAACUAUUUGUUUUUCAAAACUUAUCGGCCAAUACAACUCACAAACUACAGUGUCAUUAGUUACUUUUAAGUUUGCAUUUGGAAUUAGUUUAAUGUAGAUUUGUUUUUCUUAUUUAUUUUUAGGAAAUCGAUAUACUAAAAGCUUUAAAUUAUCAGAUUUCUUUUUUGCAGAUAAAUAAUUUGCAGUGCAGCCAUAAAUGCAACAUUUUUUACCCAUAUUUUAAUAGCAAUAAUUAAUAUCAAAAUGGAGAAUAAAGUUAGGCGAAAUUUUAAAUAGAUUCCCAGUCUGAUGCGCGGUUUGCACGUAUAGAUCGCCGUGGGACAAACCAAACCUCAUAAACCUCAAAACGAAUUUGUUACGUCAUUACAUUUCUUUGAACAGAGAAACAUCACGUAAAUGUAAUAGCAUUUACGGACGAACUUGGCUACUUAUGAAAGAAUUUAAGAAUUAAAGAAAGAUUGAAAUCUGGGAUUUUUACUGUUAGUCAGAGUUAUUUGCUAUUAAACGUUUAUUAUUAAAAACAAAUAACGUUUAAAAUUUGCCAUCCAUUCCAAAAUUAAAAAAUGGUUAAUUCUGAUUUUAAACAAAAUAAUGGUUUCGGACAUAUUUUCAAUAAACGUCGAGGCAGAGAAUUAUACAUAAUGCUAUAUUUAUUAUGUUUUUUGGUUGCUGUUUAUUAUUUAAACAUGCUUUUCUUUCCGAGAUCUUUUAAAGAAGAUUUAAUUCUAAUACUAAUGGUGGUUUCCUCAAUAAUUAUUGGAGAAUUUUUGAGAAGAAUAUGCUUUUUUUCUGAGGAAAUAUUUCAUAGUAAAAAGAGAUAUAAUGGUUCAAUCAUAUUAGCUUUUAAAAAUUGUAUAACUGUGACAAGUUAUUCUGGUGUUAUUUGGAUUAUCUUAGCUUUUUCAUUUUCAGUAACUUUUUACCAAUGGAUCUGGGGAGAUAAAAAAAUCCUUUCAUUUACAGUAUAUGCAACCUAUAUGAUUUGUAGCUCGAUUGUUAUGCAUUUGCUAAAGUUAAAAGAGCCUUCUAUUAUAGAGUAUUCCCAUUUGAAUGAAGUUGAAAAUAAACAUUUAGCUGCAGGUUUAGCAUGGGGUUAUUACUUUGGUUAUUUAAAGGAACAACUUCCUAAGUUAAAAAUAUUAGUAGAUGGAGCGGUAGCACCACAUUCUAUGAUUGAAGGAGAUAAUGCAUGUAAAUAUUUAAAACCAAUUAUGUAUAUUAUUAUUCCAAAAGAUUGUAAUUGUACAGAAAACUUGGCAAAUGAUUAUGAUAUAAAAUUUCAUCGUAACUGUCUUGAGGACAUAAGAAGUACUGGUGGAGUACAUGACAGAUCUUACAAAAACAGCGUUUACUCGAUUGAACCACGUGAACCACAAAGACCCAAAAAAUAUGUUAUUAUGGAGUAUGCAACUCCUCUCAACAACUUGUUUAAAAUGUCAAAGCAUAGAGAAGCAAAUUUUUCUGAUGAAGAUCUUGAACGUGAAGUAAUUUUAUUUUACAAAAAACUUAAGUCUAUUUUGGAUGAUGACCCAAAUUGUAUUAAUCAUUAUAAACUAAUUUUAUUGUCAAGUGCUUCACAAGAAAAUAUUGCGGAUGUUUUGUAUAGAGAAAUAAAUGAUGAAGAAAAUUUUUUUAAUAAUAAUGUUAAUGUAUGAAUUAGUUAUACAUGAAAUGAUAUAUAAAAUAUCAUAAUGAUAUCAUCAUUGCAAUAAUAACUUUAUGUUUUAUAAUAGUUGCAUAUUUUAUAUAGUUAUAUA